AUGGGAUUUUUUGACUCCGAUCUCAGUUACCCGACGGUGCGCUCCGAGCGCAUGAAGCACAAGCGCCGCCGCUUGGUGCAGGGACCAAACUCGUACUUCAUGGACGUGAAGUGCCCGGGGUGCAACGCCAUCACCAUUGUGUACAGCCACGCCACAUCGGAGGUGCAGUGCAAUGGCUGCGCGACAAAACUCUGCCGCCCGACAGGAGGAAAGGCGAUGUUGACAACCGGCUGCGGCUUCCGCAAGAAGGCUGACCACUGA